AAAGACUGAUAUGCCUUUGUGAUGGACUACUAUACAAAUCAGAUGAGAAGGCGAAAUUAAAGGUGGCAUUGUGAUCAGGAUUUUGGCGUGCAGGCUGAGGAUUAAGACCCCAAAUUCGAAUUCACAGACUGGGAAGGAGAAGGAAGAAGAUGGCAAUGGCAAAAGUUUAUUGUGUGCCUGUUUUUGCACUGAUCUUACUGUUCAUACCCAUUAUUAUCUCGGAGGCAAGAUCAAAUUCAAUCCUUUCUUGGCCGCACCCAGCUCCUCCUUCCUUCGCCGUCAACACCACCACCCUCAACCAACAGAAUGGGAAAUGCUCUUUCACUGUGGACAUAAGGACAAGCUGCUAUUCCACUUCAACCACCAGAGACCAAAUCAGCCUCUCAUUCGGUGAUGCUUAUGGGAAUCAGGUUUAUGCACCGAGGCUAGACGAUCCAUAUUCAAGGACAUUCGAGCGGUGUUCAACAGAUACGUUCCAGAUAUGGGGUCCGUGUACGUAUCAGAUAUGCUACGUGUACGUAUACCGGAGCGGAAACGACGGGUGGAUACCCUAUGAUAUUACGAUCAAGGGGCAGGGGCAUUAUAGCAGGCCUGUCACCUUCUACUACAAUGUGGGUGUGCCCAGAGAUAUGUGGUAUGGCUUUGACUACUGCAGUCGAGCUACAAAAGCUUAUGCCAAAUGGGGAUGGAAUUUGGUGUCUGCAUUUGCUUCAACGUUGUAUGCCAUUGCUGGGCUGGAGCGUGAUUAAUUUGAUGGGUUUUGGUGUGUAAUAAGGUUGCCUUUGGGUUCCUAGCUAGCUAGUUUCGGUGGAUUUCAUCAACUUCUUGAUGCAUGCCAUAAAUAAAAGAAUUCAAUUCCCAGUUUCAAUGUAUCUGUAAUGCUUUUAAUAGCUAGCUAGCUUUAGUUAAAACUAUGUUAAUUGGUUGGUGUCUUGUGUGUUACCUCUUAGCUUGCUAUUCAUCUCUAGUUUAAAUUGUUCUCAAUCUCAUACUUGAAUAAAAUCAUGUUUAUGUCUAAUGUUUAAGUUAUGCAAGUU